GAAAAUUAAAAAAAAAAAAUUGAAUUGAAAGAAGAGAGGGUUUUCGGUGCAUAUAUAUAUAUAUAAACAUAUAUUUAUAGAGAGAGAAAGAGAGAGAGGUAGAGAGAGAAAGCUUGAAGCUUUGUGAUACUUUAUCGUCUUCCUUCCAAGUACUUAACUUUUGUUCCUUCUUCCUCUGAGUCCCGCGGCGGAACCCCUAUCCAACUUCUGACUGAAAACGAUAUUUAUAUAUAUAUAUAUAUAGAUAGAGAGAGAGAGAGAGAGUUGAGUUUGGGAGUUGUUAGAUCUGAGGGUUUUUGGGUGGGGAACGAAACUUCGGUUGAAGGUAGCAAUGAGUGGCAAAGGAGGUAACAAUGGAAAGGGUAUUAUUAGUAGUAAUAGUAGUGGAAUAUUAUCAUCGAUUCCACCUGCUUCGAGGAAGAUUGUUCAAAGUUUGAAGGAGAUUGUCAAUAACUGUACCGAGCAAGAGAUCUACGCUAUGCUCAAAGACUGUAACAUGGACCCUAAUGAAGCUGUUAAUCGCCUCCUUGCUCAAGAUCCUUUUCAUGAAGUGAAGAGCAAACGUGAAAAGAAAAAAGAGAAUAAGGAUACCACUGAUUUGAGGCCUCGCGGUACUAGUAGCUCUUCAAAUCAUCGUGGUGGUAAGGGUGGCGGGGAUCGUUAUUCUGGACGUGGUGGUUCAAGCCAGUUCAGCUCUAACGAUUCUGGUGCAUAUCAUGGUAAACCUGCAUACAAGAAGGAAAAUGGAUCACAUGGUUAUUUAGGAUCUUCAUCUUCAGCAUCGGGUGUGACUGGAAAUAAUACUAACCGACGACCUCCUCCAUCCUACAGUGAUUCUGUCUCGUCAGAAAACAAGACAUGGCCAGUAGGCUCUACAGAUGGUAUCUCUUCAACUCCACAGCCACCUUCUGGAUUUCAAUCUUCCUGGCUGGGGGUCCCCGGUCAAGUAUCAAUGGCUGAUAUUGUUAAGAUGGGCAGGCCACAGCCAAAGGUUUCUGCCCCGUCUAACCCACCAAACCACGGUGUCCAUCAUCAAACUGUGCCUGCACCUCCUUCAGCACAUCACAAUUUGCAUUUAUCUCAAGACCAUGGAUCCAAGGAUUCAGAGUUUCACAGUGAGAGGGGGCUUAUUCAAAGUGAAAACAUUGGUCCAAACGAUGAAUGGCCUUCAAUUGAGCAGCCACAAGCUGCAAGUUUGCCCUCUGCCAUGGACAGAUCUGAGGAUACCGAGUCCUAUGCUAAUAAUUCGACCAAUUUGCCUGUAGACGGAGCAAGUCAGCAUUUGAAAUCCCAAUUAGAAGAGGAUCAAGUAGAUGAAAAUGAUCUUGAAGAGACACUUAAUGCUCCUCAUAUAGGUCAUGCUUCUGUAUCUGGUAGAAAUAUGCAAGAGGAUGAAUCUGUAGGUGCACCUGUUUUCGAGAAUAACUCGUAUGAAGACAUGUCUUCGUAUCAAGGACAUGGGCAUACUUAUGACCAUAAUAAAGCUGAAGACAGCGUUUCAUCAAUGGCUGCAAACUUGGAGCAACUUAGUUUGCAAAAGGAUGAUCGAGGAGCACAACCCGAAGAGGAUGUUCCUUCUGUUGUUAUUCCAAAUCACCUACAACUGCACACUCCAGACUGCCUGAACUUGAGCUUUGGGAGUUUCGGAUCCACCGCUAACACUGCUAUUUCAGGUUCUGGAUCAUUUGCACCCAGGUCCAUGAACAGUAACUUAGAGGAGACAUCUGCUUCAGUCGAUGUCCCUGCAAUUGACACUAGAAAUACUGAGUUUUACGGAGACGAGCAUCUUGGAACUUCAGAUGGAAAUAUGAUUCAUAGAACUGGAGCAAAUGCUGGAGAAUAUGAAACCUCUUCUGUUCCUCAGACAGAAGCCAUGAAGCAAGAAACUUCUGAAGCUGAUCAAGGGAAUCAGUAUGCAUUUCCUUCUUCUGCACCCGGAUUUACUUACGAAAAUUCUCAGCAGUUGAAUGGGGCUUUUAGUCAUCCACAGACAAGUGCACAAAUGCAGAAUCUUGCUUCUUUCUCAAAUGUUAUGCAGGGCUACACUAAUCAAUUACCAAGCACUUUGUUGGCUUCGUCUGUUCAAACCGGAAGAGAAGAUCUUGCCUAUUCACCCUUCCCCGUUACACAAUUGCCCACAAAAUAUAACAACGGGGCUUCUUCUAUCAGUGGUCCCACCAUGUCCAUGCCAGAGGCUUUGCGAGCAGCCAGUAUGUCUACACCACAGCCAACUCAACAGAACGUCCCCGGUGGCAAUGUAGCUACAGGCCCUGCUCUUCCCCAACAUCUUGCUGUGCACCCUUAUUCCCAAACUCUUCCGUUCGCCGGCAACAUGAUGAGUUACCCUUUCUUGCCGCCUCAGACCUACAACCCAUAUAUGGCAUCGGCGUUCCAACAAUCAUUCGCUAACAACACAUAUCAUCAGUCUUUGGCUGCAGUGCUUCCACAGUAUAAAAGUAGUGUCUCGGUUAGCAGUUUGCCUCAGUCUGCUGCCAUUGCCUCUGCAUAUGGGUUCGGGAGUUCGACCAGCAUUCCCGGAGGAAAUUUCACAGUAAACCCACCUACAGCACAGACAGGUACAACCAUCGGCUACGAAGAUGUCUUAAGCUCUCAAUACAAGGAAGCUAGCCACUUAAUGUCACUUCAGCAGCAACAGAACGAUAACUCAGCAAUGUGGGUUCACGGACCGGGGUCACGAGCAAUGUCAGCUGUUCCAGCCAGUACUUAUUACGGUUUCCAAGGUCAAAAUCAACAACACGCUGGAUUCCGACAAGGACAGCAGCAGCCACAGCAACCAUCCCAACAAUUCGGGGCUCAUAGUUACCCGAACUUCUACCACUCUCAGUCAGGGAUGUCACUGGAACACCAGCAACAACAAAACGCCAGGGAGGCAGCAGCAGCAGCAGCAUCAUCGCUCGGAGGGUCACAACACUCACAAGGCCAAGUCCAACAACAACCAUCGAAGCAAUCCCAACAACAGCAGCUAUGGCAAAACAGCUACUAAUUCCCCCUAAUCGCAACAACAUCCUCCUGGUUUUUCUUCGGGGUCUUUUUAGUAUGGAUCGAGUUUCGAAAAAAGUGGCCAAUGAGAGGCAUUUUAGCGGGUCUUGAAAUAAUUAAUGGUUUGUUUCAUUAUUUAUUUUGGUGGUCUGAAGAGACCUUAGACUGGCUGCUCCCCUGUGCCACGAGGUUGUAUUCUACAUAUUUAUGAUUAUCAUUAUCAUUAUGUUCUUGCUCUUGUUUUUUUUUUAUUUUUUUUUGGUUUAACUUAGGAAGAAGAACAUGUGUGCUCUGCUAAUUUGGGGUUUAGUCAGAACUAUUUUUACUCUUUUUUUUUUUAUUAUUUAUUUUUUGUUGUUUUCCCCCAACUCUUCUUGCUAUAGUAAAGAAGUUUAGUUUCCCUUUGUAUA